AAAGAAAAGUUGGCUGUUGCUGGCUGGUCCCAAAUCUGCAGUCUUUUUUUAUCUUCUUCCUCACUCUCAAACGCUAAACCCCAAAUCUUUCUUUUCUUUCUUCUCCUCUAUGUUCUCCCCGCCCUCCUAUCACGCUCUAACAGUGUUUAAUCUUUCUUUAAUCAUUUAUAGAGACUAUUAUUAGCAGAAUAAACAGGAAACACUCAAAAAAGAGAACCCACUAAUUCUCUCCUUUUCAUUUUACCCAAAUCCCCAUUCCGGAUCUUCAACAAAGCUGCCAUCUUUCAGCUGUGUUUUCAGUAAGAAAGCGUCUAAUCACUCACAUUUUCUUGUACUGCUCAUGAAUGUUCGUUUAUGAGUCGAUGUAACCAGAGGUUGUUGAUGAAAAGUGUUUGCUUGUGCCUGCAAAGUUGUGUUGAAUCUGAUGGAAUGAAUUUGGGUUACUGCUGAAGGCUUAAGGAUUAAGGAAUUGAGGUGCACUUUUAUUCUCCAAAUACCAGGAUGUCGGACGGGAUAAAUUCUAAUGUUAUAUUGGAUUAUGUUGACUUUCAAAUUUAUCCAAGCCAGAACAGGUACGAGGCUUGCAUAUGCUGUCACCAUGAGUUAGAGAUUGCAAGUUGUGGGCUUCUGGAGCAACUGGCAGUCCAUUCUUCGAAAGUUAAAGCUUUGAGCUUGGAAGGAUCAGAUUCUUGUUUUAGACUCGAACCCCCAUAUAAUCUCAGCGAGGCUACAUGGUUUUCAAAAUCCACAUUAAUUAGGUUUCUUAAUAUAAUUAAUUCAACGGAUAUAUUGGAAAAGUCCAUUGCAAUGGAUAAGGAAAUAUCUCAGCUAGAGGAAGCCCAAAGUUUUCAUUUUUCUUUAUAUGCAAAGGGUGAUGAUAAUUCUCUUACACCCGAUUCUUCCAAGAAUGAAUUGAUGCGAGCUAUAGAUUUGAGGCUCACGGCCUUAAGAAGGGAGUUAGGUGAUGCUUUUGACCAAGCAGCUGGUACUAAUUGUUCCUGUGAGGAUAUUAUUAGGAUUGAAAAGUUCAGUGAUCAUUUUGGAGCUGCUGACUUGAGGAACACUCUACAAAUUUUUAUAAGAUUGAGGCAGGCGAACCAGACAGUAGUCAUGGCAAAUAGCAAGCAAUCCUUCUUAGAACAUAUAGACAGCAAUGAACCUAUUUCAUCAAAAGGGAACCCCCAAUUAUCUAAUCUUUCAGACCCACCAGUUAGAUAUGGCGCCUCUCCUGCCAAAGCUGCACAAACCGAGAGAUAUAUCUCAUCAGAAUCUGAGGAUUCUUCUUCUUGCACGGCUGAAGAGAGGAGUCGUCCCUUAGCAAGACCUUCUUCACCAAGACGGUCCGCCUCUCCCAUGCGAAGAGUCCAAAUUGGACGCACCGGCCCCCGACGACCCACCGCUUUGACCAUCAAAAGCCUAACCAACCACUUUCCUGCCAGAGUAUUCCAAAAAGAUGAAAGAAGCAAUAGUGGCGGAGAGGAAGAAGACUCUGAGAAAUCAUCUAAAAGAUCUGAGCGUAUGAUGAGCGUUCAAGAUGCAAUAAAUCUUUUCGAGAGGAAACAGAAGGAUCAUCAACCUACUACUGUUGAUGUUAAGAAGACAGUUUCUGUUGGUGCCAAAAAAGUGCUUCUGAGAAGAUGGAGCUCUGGAAUGUGUGGUGAAAGCUCCGAAGAUCCCGCUUCAAUGGCUUCCCACAACCUUGAAACCAAAAAAGCAAACUUAGAUUCUGAUUCUGGAGUGGGAGAGGAUGACUGUGAGGAAAAAGAACCUGUUCAAGAAGUAGAGCCGGAAGAUACUCCUGCAGUGCCGGAAGAAGCUCUCAUUACAGAAAACAGCAGAGGGAUAACUGCAUCGGCUGAGUGGAGCCGCCAAAAGGAAGCAGAGCUUGACCAGUUAUUGAUUAAAAUGAUGGAAACGAACCCUGCAAAACAUACUAAUGCAGGGCCUAGUGAUAAAAAAGACCAAAGUGCCCUGGACCUUCAGGGGAGCGGUUCAGAUAUAGGGAAACCGGAUGAUGUUGACAAACUAAUAGGUGGAAUUGCUAAAAAGCAAGUGGGCACGGACAGAAAGAUAAGGGCAAAAGCCAAUGUCUCCUCUGGAAAGCUCUCUGCUGCCAAACAGGCCCUUAGUAAAAGACCUGUUAAGAGGAGCCAAAAACCACUUAAUUCUUCAGAAUCUGAAAAUUUCAAAAGUGAUGCCAUUAGACCAGCUGAAGUGAAGAAAGUUUUAACAAAGGCGCCCACUUUGCCUGCCACUCGCAAAUCAUUGCCGUCCACACCAUCUCCAAGAGCUAACACUCAUGCGCCUUCAACAGCCACCAGCUCCCCUGCUACUGCACGCAGAAGAUCACAGCCAACAACACCAAAAGUUGAGAAGACCACACCACUGCCUUCAACAAAGUCUGCUAAAAACAGUGCAGGAAACACUAGUGACAAGAGCCAUCCAGCGGUGACCAAAACUAUCAAGCCUACAAAAGCGCACAUCUCUGAUCAAACCAAGCCAGCUGUGACCAAACCUAACAAGGUAUCCAAGAAAAGCAGUGUGGUUCCCCUGGAGUCAAAGGACACUCCAAAAGAACCAAAAACCUUUCUUCGCAAAGGCUCCAAAGCGGGACCCACACCUACAGGACCUAGCCUAAGUCCCAUCACAAGAAAGAAAACUACCCCACAAGAGCAGUCCUUGAGGGACUCGGUUGAUUUGGUUGAAGAUCCUAUUAUACCUGCACCCACGGAUCAACAGGGGGAUGGAUUUAUUGAUCAAGAAGGCCCUGAAACUCAGCCAAAUAGCCCACCGAAAUGUUUAGAGACAGAAUGUUCUGACACACUUACCCUGGAAAACGAAAAUAAUUUUUCUGAGAAUCUAGAGGAAAAUCUGAUUGAAGAACAGGUGAUCAAUAUAUCCCCAACAGCCUGGGUGGAAAUAGAAGAGGUUGACAGUGGAAACCCUUCAAAAGUUAACGUGGGGCCCUUGAGUGCUGGCAGUCCACCACGAGUACGGCAUUCUCUCUCUCAAAUGCUGAUGGAGGAAAGCAGUGAACCUGAGAUUGUGGAGUGGGGGAAUGCAGAGAACCCGCCAAACAUGGUGUAUCAGAAGGAAGCGCCGAAAGGGUUCAAGAGACUCCUUAAGUUUGCGAGGAAGAGUAAGACUGAUGGUGAGGAAGACCAUGAGGAAACUAGAGGAGGUUCUAAGAAGGGUUCUGACAAUUCACUACUUAGGAAGAACACACUUCAUGCCCAUCAAAAUUCAACUACCCAUCAACAUCCUGGACAAGCAACUAUUGGCAAAUUAGCUGCUCAGAAACGAGAGGAAGGUCACAUUUCAGCUUCAGUAACCUCUGCAAAAGCAUUCAAGGGGAGCAAGCAUGGCGAAUCUAAGCUUCGAUAACACAGUGGUCCUAAUCUUAUCGUCUCUCAUAAUCCGUGUAACUUUAGCUUCGGCCAUGUGCAAAGAGGUGGUGGAGUACAUGCUGUAGCAUAUCUUGUUCAUAUGCACUUCAUAGAUCUUACUGUUUUUGCUUGAAGAUUCAUAUCUCCAUUUUAUUUAUCAAUAGAAACCAAGGUAUUUUUUGUAAGAUGAAAAAACAAUGUUGAAUAUGUAAUUUUAUGCAGCCUGAUCUUUUGUUUAUAUCCUGUACAAUAAGUUUGCUAUUUAAUGCUAAGCAGCCUGACCUUUUGGUCUCUCGAUUUUUUUUUUUUGGAGUCUGUAUGGACAUUAUGAAUGAACUAUAAUGCUUUUGGUGAAUUGAAGUGUUGACUUUGUCAUAAUUACUAAAACUAUUACUCUAGCUGCCUAUUCUUAUAAAUAUCUGUACCAUAAUUACAUAGAUCGCUAGAAGAGCCACGAUCUGUAAACUGAUUGUUCUGUUCCCAAUCGGCAAUCGCGGUACGAAAGCGAUCCAGUCACUACAGCCUACAGGGAAUGCCAUGCCGUACGCUUGGCU